GAGUUCGCAUCCAAAUUGCCCUGAAGAUGGCGAAAAGUUGAGUAAAGAAAGAGUGAGUAUUUUUCAUAUAAAUCUUUAUGUAAAUUUUCUCGACAGCCACUGAAUGAAUGCACACUGUAAACAUAAAGAGUGUACUUCUGGACGUUUGAAGCACGAAAGGCAUCAGAAACGUCGAAAAACAAAAGAAAUCAAUAUUUAAUUAGCGUUUUGAAACUAGCGGAAGAUGAGAAAUGCGUUUUCCAUUGAAGAUUCAAAUUUACACAAAAUAAAAUACAAAUAAUUUGUAUUCACACAAACCAAGUGAAAAGGGAGUCAAGAGGUUACUUCUAAGUUAUCCGGCCCAAAUUAACACCUGAGUUACAUCGGAGAUUAAAUUUAGAAUCAAUGGUAAAAGUAAUUAUUAUAUUGAGAUUUGGGAGAGAUAAAACAGUACCUGAAAAAUACAAGAGGAACUUCAACGUUUCAAGCUAAGGCCCUUCGUCGUGAAGUUAGUAUAGCACAAAGGGCCUUCGCUCGAAACGUUCCUGUAUUUUUCAGCUAGUUGUAUCCCUAGACCCUAUCAAUCUGCAGCUGUCAUAUUAAGAAUUUAAGUACUUCCUCAGUGUUUCUAUGAAAUUCUCAGUUAGAUUAUUCCAAAGUGGAACAAUGUAUAUGAAGAAAGAGUAUUUGUGUACUAUAUAAUAAUAUGUAUACUAUAUUAUUCAUACUCUGAAGCGUAAUGGAGUACCUGAGGAUAUGACCAAAUAAGUAUAUAUACAUCUCUUAUCCGCUCCAUAUUGGAUUACGGCUGAGCUGUGUGGCAUACACGCCUCCCUUCUUUCCUUGUUGAGAAGAUUGAACGCAUACAGCCCCAUACAGAUUACAGAAGCGAUUUUUUUAUUAGUUCAUUGGCGAAGUAAUUUCAAAAAUAAACACGUUGUCUAUAAGCCGAGAAAAUUAAAGCUAAACUCUAAAGUCUACGUUAAUGAACAUGGCUUUUUAUCACAUAUAAAACCACCGACACCGAAAACCACCGACACGGUGUCGGUGGUGAUUUCCUUUGUCUUUUCCUCAUGAAUUAUUAAAUAAUGAGUUUUUUUUUUAAAACUGUUUAAAAACGUUUUUUAAAUGUUUUAAAUCUUUCACUUUCAGGUUUUUCCCGAUGCUUUUAUCAGACGUGAGCUCAAUGGACUUCUUUUACAGUGUGCGAAUCCUGGUUGUUCAUGGCGUGGUGCUUACGAACAGUUGGAAGUGAGUGUGUUGUUUAAAUGAUUUGCAGAACUGAUUCAGUCACAAACCGUUCUUUAGCUGGUAUAAUGACGUAUGCACGUGACUAAUUUCUUACUCAAGAUUGGAUAAUUGCUUCAUGAAUUAUUAAUGGCGAGGUUGCCAUUUUGAACGAUUUACUCAAUUAUAUGCUCGCUGUUCGUCUAGGAACAUGUUCGUACAAGCUGUGAAGGUGCACCCGUGACUUGCAAAUACUGUAAGGAAGAUUUCUUGAGAAAGGUCAUUGAAAAACACGAGAAACACGAUUGCAAUGAGGCUCCGGCGACUUGUGAAUUUCAGGCUGUGGGCUGCAAUCAGGAUAAGGUAAUACUGCAGUUAUUGUUGUUGUUGUUGUUGUUGUUGUUGUUGUUGUUGUUGUUGUUGUGUUUGCAUGUGUAUAGACUAUUGUGUCGACUGUCAUCACAUGUCUGUUUUGCUUUUGUGAUCCGAUCACGAUUCUUCCAUUAGUUGUCAGACUAGUAUAACUUCGUCUUAGUUGCAUGUGAGAAUGCAAGUGCAUGUGGUUCCGGUCUGACUCAAACACCGCAUGUGAAAAUACCGAUAUUUUAUCCUCCAAUAUAUAUAGAAUGUGUCUGGCUUUAUUGGGCGUAAAGGGCGCAGUAUAAGUUGAGUUCAGUUUCCACACGUAUAAUAACACUGCCAGUGGGCAGUAAAAGAAUGUGUAGUGUAAAUUACUGAAUAAAAUUUACCCAAAAUAUAUAUAAAGAGUCAUAUGCAGGCAAAUAGUGGAACAAAAAUUAUGGAAAACUUACCAUACCAAGGGGCAAUUCUAUUUUGCCUUCAUAUUGUGCCCUGAAGGCUAGUAUAUAAGUACGUUUCUGUAUGUCAGGCUCCUGCCGACACGUUGUUCUUCGAAUUUUGUAUUCACUGUGAAAUUUCAGAUACAUUUCUAACAAAAAUGGCUUACUUCAUUUGAAAGCUUGCAAAAACUACAUAUAGCCAUUUAAACGGUUACCUGGGUUUUCAAGUUCUUCUUGAGUUAUGAGUUGUUGAAAGUAUGUUUUCAGACUAGUAUCCAGAAUUUUUGCGAGAUUUUGGCUUAUUUUUCACAUUUGCAACAACGAUAACUCGAAAACCACUUGAAAAUACAGGCUAACCAUUUAAAUGUCCUAUAUGUAGUUUUUUAUAAGCUUUCUAUUGAUGUAAGUCAUUUGUAUUAGAAAUGUAUCUGAAAUUUUACAUUUUUUAAUUGUAAUAGAGUUUAAUACAAAAUUCGAAGAAAAACAUGUCAGCAAGAGCCUACAAGAUAUUUUAACGUCGCCGACAUACGGAAAUGUACUUACUAGUCUUCAGGGCACAAGAUGAAGGAAAAAUGGAAUUGCUCCUCGAUAUGGUGAGUUUUUUUCCUUCUAUCUGCCUGACUUCAACGUCUUAUCCACAGUUGCAUGGGAAAAGUUCAAUAUAAUAAUCUGCCCAACGUUUAAAAAAUGAGCCUAACGAUAGCGAAAAUAAAAUUUUGUGGGAUGUUUAGGUUCUGAGGAAGACUACGAGAAUUAUUGGAUAUAGCAUAUUCUAAUUAAUUAAUAACUUAAUUCAUUUUCAUGUGUAACAGAUAAGUAUAAAAGUCAUUGCAUUUAUUCAUCUUUGAUACAAUUUGUAGACUUUGAAGCGAAAGGAAAUGUGCCAACAUUUGAAUGAUGGAUUGGUAGAUCAUGGCAGGUUACUGCUUCGCAACAUGCUCGUUUUCUUUCCCCAACUGAAGCACUUUAUCACACGUUUGGAUAUUACAGCAAUCAUUAAUAAAUUGCGCGACGACAUCACCGAAAUUCGCGUUAGCUUAACCGACAAAUUUGUCAUGGUUGUCGGGAAGUUUAAUGGCUUAAAAGUACGGAUUGAAG